AUGCUCUUGACGCCAGCAAAUUGGGCGGCAAGGAAACGAGAGGACCGAAGACCUUUGUACCGACGAAUAUUCACAAACCGACGUCUUGAUAUCCUGCAUAAAACUUUCAUUCGCUCGAUUCUUGGCUUUAUCCUGUUCAGUACGUCGUACUGCAUCGUGAACACUGGCAUUUAUUAUAAGUUCGUAAGGCCAAUUCGUAAGGAAGAACGCGAACUACUCGAAAGAGAACUUAUUGAGGCCGAUCGUGCAGGAUUUGCUAUUAAUUUGAAGUUAAUGAUCGCUUCUGGUAUUAUAGCAUCAUUUUGCUCUCGAUGGGAGGGUAUUUUCCUUAUGGGUUUUGUUUCUGGUGCUGGUUUCGAGCUGUUCAAAAUAUAUUUCUCGUUCAGAGGUGUAAACUACUAUUCCGUGUUCAAGAAGAAACAGCUUCAGAAAGAACUCGACAAGUUUGAAAAAACGCUGAAGGAACUAGACGAUGUGAUCGCACAAGGUGUGCCUCGAGCUCUGUGA